UCAAAAUCCCUACAAAAGGGGUGCGUAACUUAAUAUCGAGGGUGCGCAGCUUAAUGCCCUGCGCGUCUCUCUCAAAACCUCAAUCCAAACACUACAAAUCCAAACACUCCCACCCCGCAUCAGAUAGAUAAGAGGAAAAGGAAAAGAAUCCAAUACUCAUCCUUCUGAAUCGGAUAUGAUCCAGCCAAACACCACCACCCGAUCAUCCUCCGAAGCCACGUCGUCGUCGUCGUCGUCGUCAUCAUCAUCAUCAUCAUCAUCAUCAUCUCCACCGUCCCCGUCAUCAUCCCCACCACCAUGUUCGCCGUCAUCCUUCUCCUCCAUCUCCACCCCGGCCGAGGAUCCCACCCCAUCCAAUACCCGCGAACCCAUCGGCAGCAGCAGCCAAGAAUCCAUCACCGUCGACCGCUGCGGGCCCUACUCCGCCACCUGUCGCUGGGUCAUCUCCCAAUUCCCGAGGCUGAAGGCUCGUGCUAUCUGGAGCCGGUACUUUGAUGUUGGUGGCUACGACUGCCGCCUCCUCAUCUACCCCAAGGGCGAUUCCCAGGCCCUCCCCGGCUACUCCUCCGUUUACCUCCAGCUUGUGGACCCUGCUUCUGCUUCCAAGUACGACUGCUUCUCCAGCUACCGUCUCUCCAUAAUCAACCCCCUCGAUGAAUCCAAGUCCGUCCAUCGCGACUCCUGGCACCGCUUCUCCCCAAAGAAGAAAUCCCACGGUUGGUGUGACUUCUCCCCAGCAGCCCCCAUCCUUGACCCCAAGUCUGGUUUCCUCCUCCCUGAACCCUCCUCUGCUCUCGUCAUUGCUGCGGACAUCCUCAUUCUUGAUGAAUCCGUCACCUUUGUUAAUGAAUCCCAGCCAUCCACCUCCAGCCCGCCUGCCGCUGACGCCUUAACUGGGAAAUUCACGUGGAAGGUCCGCAACUUCAGCUUGUUCAAGGAAAUGAUCAAGACUCAGAAAAUAAUGAGCCCUGUUUUCCCUGCCGGCGAAUGCAAUCUACGCAUCAGUGUGUAUCAGAGUUCUGUAAGUGGCACAGACUAUCUCUCCAUGUGCUUGGAGAGUAAGGACACUGAGAAGUCGCCCGCUGGUCCUGAUCGCAGCUGCUGGUGCCUCUUUCGCAUGUCAUUAUUGAACCAGCGGGCCGGGCUAAACCACAUGCACCGUGACUCUUAUGGGCGGUUUGCUGCUGAUAACAAGGGUGGAGAUAAUACCAGCCUUGGGUGGAAUGAUUACAUGAAGAUGUCCGAUUUCGUCGGGCUGGAUGCUGGGUUCCUCAUGGAUGAUAUGGCAGUUUUCAGUGCAUCUUUUCAUGUUAUCAGGGAGUCGAAUAGCUUCUCGAAGAAUGCUGGGGUGGUCACUGGGCGGGCUGGAUUGAGGAAGUCGGACGGGCAUAUGGGGAAGUUCACAUGGCGGAUCGAGAACUUCACAAGGUUGAAGGAUCUUCUGAAGAAGAGGAAGAUUACAGGUCUUUGCGUCAAGAGUAGGAGGUUUCAAAUUGGUAACAGGGACUGUCGAUUGAUUGUUUAUCCUAGAGGUGAGAAAUCUCAACCACCAUGCCACCUUUCGGUGUUCCUCGAGGUUACUGAUUCCCGUAACACCAGUAGUGAUUGGAGCUGUUUUGUGAGCCACCGGCUAUCGGUUGUGAAUCAGAAAAUGGAGGAAAAGUCAGUUUCAAAGGAAUCGCAGAACCGCUACUCCAAAGCUGCAAAAGAUUGGGGCUGGCGUGAGUUUGUGACUCUCACAAGUCUUUUUGACCAGGAUUCAGGCUUCCUCAUUCAGGACACGGUCGUAUUCUCAGCAGAGGUUCUCAUCUUAAAGGAGACAUCCAUAAUGCAAGGUUUUUGUGAUCAGCAGCUGGAUUUGAGUGGCCUGGGUUCUCUAACCAAUAAGGACGGUAAAAGAGGUUCAUUUACUUGGAAGGUGGAGAAUUUCUUAUCCUUCAAGGAAAUAAUGGAAACACGGAAGAUCUUUAGCAAGUUCUUUCAAGCUGGCGGAUGUGAGCUGCGGAUAGGUGUAUAUGAGUCCUUCGAUACAAUAUGCAUUUACCUGGAAAGUGAUCAAUCGUCUGGAAGCGAUCCUGAUAAGAACUUCUGGGUUAGAUACAGGAUGGCUGUGGUUAAUCAAAAGAACCCUGCAAAAAAUGUGUGGAAGGAAUCAUCUAUCUGUACAAAAACAUGGAACAAUUCUGUUCUCCAGUUCAUGAAGGUCUCUGAUAUGCUGGAGGCAGAUGCAGGAUUUCUUGUACGUGACACAAUGGUUUUUGUUUGUGAAAUCAUUGAUUCCUGCCCCUGGUUCGAGUUUGCAGAUCUAGAGGUUUUUGCUUUAGAGGAUGAUCAGGAUGCAUUAUCAACAGAUCCAGAUGAACUCAUCGACUCGGAUGACAGUGAAGAGAUAAGUGGUGAUGAAGAAGAGAUUUUCAGAAAUUUCCUCUCACAAGCUGGGUUUCACCUCACAUACGGAGAUAAUUCUUCACAACCUCAGGUCACUUUGCGGGAGAAGCUUCUAAUGGAUGCUGGAACAAUAGCUGGAUUCCUGACUGGCCUUCGUGUUUAUCUUGAGGACCCUGCUAAGGUGAAAUGCUUACUUCUUCCAACCAAGCUAUCCUGUAUCAAUGGUGGGAAGAAAGAGGCCAGCAGGGGUGAUGCUAAUUCACCCAGUCUAAUGAAUCUGUUGAUGGGGGUUAAAGUCUUGCAGCAAGCAAUCAUUGACUUGCUUUUGGAUAUAAUGGUUGAGUGCUGCCAUCCGUCUGAAGGAAGAACUGGUGACGACUCAUCUGAUAUGAGCUCAAAAUCAUUUCCAGAUCAUGAUGAAGCCACCGUUCCAGAAUCUAGUAGGCAAAAUUCAGCAACAGACUCUGCACAGUGUGACUUAAGCCAGAGAUUGGAUGCAGGGGUUGCUAAAAAUAUCAAUGCACAUGCAGUACAAAGCUCAGAUGCAAAUAGGAAUGAGAUACCAGCAAAGACUGUUCCUGGACGGCCUAUUUCUCCUCCAGAAACAUCUGCAGAUGAUCUUUCUGUAGAUGACAGUUCUAAUCGAGCUCCCAAGACCAAGUGGCCAGAGCAGUCUGAGGAGCUCCUGGGAUUGAUUGUGAAUUCACUGAGAGCCCUUGAUGGUGCGGUUCCGCAAGGUUGCCCAGAGCCGAGGCGAAUGCCUCAGUCUGCACAAAAGAUUGCUCUUGUACUGGAUAAAGCUCCAAUGCAUCUUCAGCCAGAUCUAGUUGCUCUUGUACCAAAAUUAGUUGAUCAUUCAGAACAUCCACUUGCUGCUUGUGCACUUCUUGAUUGUCUGCAGAAGCCGGAUGCCGAACCUGCACUGCGAUUACCUGUUUUGGGUGCACUUAGUCAGCUGGAGUUUGGCAGUGAGGUUUGGGAACGUGUUUUAUUCCAAGCUUUCAAACUGUUGAUUGAUUCCAAAGAUGAGCUGCUUGCAUCAGCCAUGAAUUUUGUUUUUAAGGCUGCAUCCCAAUGCCAACGUCUUCCUCAAGCAGUUAGAGCAGUUCGGGCCAGGCUGAAAAGUUUGGGUGCCCUAGUGUCACCUUGUGUGUUAGACGCUCUUAGCAACACUCUCAGUACUCAGGUGGACGUUGCUGAAGCCAUGCUAAAAGAUUUAGAUUCUGAUUGUGAGCCUUAUGGCAAUUGUAUAAAAAUAUCGUGUGGCCUCUUUUCUUUUGGAGCAAAUGGGCUUAGCACUGAAGCAUUACAUGGGGCUGAAGAGCAUGUAACAUCUGCAGGCCAUCAUAUGUCUGAUAUUUUUAUACUGAUAGAGAUGCUAUCUAUACCUUCCCUUGCUGUUGAAGCUUCACAGGCUUUCGAGAGAGCUAUUGCACGAGGGACUUUUGGGGCCCAAUCAGUGGCCAUGGUUUUGGAAUGGCGUCGUUCUAAAAGGUCAAAUAUUAAUUGCAGAUCUGUUGCUGAUAACUCUCGAAAUAUGGAUAUCGUUGCAGAAGGAAAAUUCAAUGAUUCGUUGCCGGUCCAAGAAGAUGAUUUUGCUCCAGUUCUUGGUUUUGCCGAGGCACUGGCCUCCUCUAAAGACUCCCUAGUGCAGGAUUUCGUGAAGAUGCUGUAUGCUAUAUUGUUUAAAAUGCAUUCUGAUGAGGGUUCUCAUGUAAGGAUGUUGAAAGGACUUGUUGAACGGGCCACCAGUACCACUGAUAAGUGUUGUGAGGCAGACUUGGAUUUGGAUAUUUUGGCAUUCCUAGUUCACGAAGAGGGAAUUGCAAGGCCAGUUCUGAGCAUGAUGAGGGAGGUUGCUAUACUUGUGAAUAUCGAUCGUGCAGCCCUGUGGCAUCAGUUAUGUGCUAGUGAAGAUGAAAAUAAUCGUGCUCGUGAGGAAAGGCAAAAUGAAGUUUCCAAUAUGGCUAGAGAAAAGGCUAUUUUAUCCCAACGGAUCAGUGAAUCAGAGGCAACUAGUAACCGCCUUAAGUCUGAGAUGAGAGCUGAUAUGGACCGUUUUGCUCGGGAAAAGAAGGAGCUCACUGAACAGAUACAAGAAGUUGAGAAUCAACUUGAAUGGCUUCGAUCAGAGCGAGAUGAAGAAAUCAGUAAACUCUCUGCUGACAAGAAAGUACUUCAGGACCGUCUGCAUGAUGCAGAGACACAGCUUUCACAGUUAAAGUCUCGGAAACGUGAUGAACUGAAGAGAGUAGUGAAGGAGAAAAAUGCCCUUACCGAACGGCUGAAGAAUGCAGAAGCUGCACGGAAAAGAUUUGAUGAAGAGUUGAAACGAUAUGCAACAGAAACAGUCUCUCGAGAGGAAGUUCGACAGUCACUUGAAGAUGAAGUUCAGCGACUGACACAGACAGUUGGACAAACGGAAGGAGAAAAACGGGAGAAGGAAGAGCAGGUUGCUCGAUGUGAAGAAUACAUUGAUGGAAUGGAGGCACAAUUGCAUACUUGCCAGCAAUUUAUACGUACCCUACAAGCAUCUUAUCAAGAAGAAAUGUCUCGACAUGCUCCACUCUACGGAGUGGGCUUGGAAGCCUUGUCGAUGAAAGAGCUGGAGACCUUGACUCACAUUCAUGAGGAAGGGCUCAGACAGAUUUGCGCACUUCAACAACGCAAAGGGACAGCCAAUCCUCUUGUAAGCAGCCACGUUCUCCCCCAUUCCCACAGCUUGUACCCGACGACUCCACAAGUGGCUGUUGGGCUGCCAUCCGCUGUAAUCCCGAAUGUCAUUGGGGUCAACAGCAAUGGGCAUAUGAGUGGUCCGGUGGGACCCUGGUUCAAUCCCUCCUAAGUGGAAAUAGGAGGCUUUUUAACUCUCUCUCUCUCUCUCUCUCUCUCUCUCUCUCUCUCUCUCUCUCAGUUUGGAAUUCGAACUUGUAGAACUGAUGAUAUCGUCGGUUCUGAAUGAUCAAAUAAAAAAUAGGAAAAGUAAAUACAUAUACCAGAAGAGGAAGAUAAAAUGAUAUAAUGUUUAUAAUUACCAAACGUGAAAUAGUGGAAGUAAUGGUUGCAAAUCCCAUUCGUAAAAGCCAUUGGAAAUGGUUUAGGUCUCA